CGCUUUUCAAGAAAAGAAGAAGCUGCUUUCAUCGAUCUUUAAGGUUGAAGAUUACCACAUAACAUUGAGAACACGACAAACUCUAAAUCUGUUUCAUCGACGUUUUUUUUAUUUUCCAAAGGACUACUAACAAAAGGUAAAGGACCACCACAUUUUAGCCUUAUUCUCGCAUGACGAUUCUCUCACUCUACUAUUUUUUCGCUCAAAUAGCGAAAAACUUCUCGUGUCCAUCCGUGUGAUUUGUACAAGAUGAGGUUACUAUCGCUUCUCACCCCGAUAUUUUGUGAUCUUUCCGUCACCCCUUGGAGUUCCUCGGGAUUUGGCGUUCACGCCGCGAAGUUUUUCGGAAAAGUACCUCCUGCUGUAGGAGGUACCAAAGACGAUGAUCUUCGUACGGAACAGGAUGAUGUGGAAACCAUUUCGACACGGUCAUCCUUUUCUCGGGCUGAGUCGUCACCGUCUGCCGUUGCUGCAAGCGGAGGAGGCCAGUACGCUGCAAGACUUGGAGGCCUACUGGAGCACGCAGACGCACAAAUAGAGCACGAGGAGGUCGACCAACAUAGUUUCCAUGAACAUGAGUGGUUUCUGGGAGACGAGGACGAAGAAUUCUGUGCAGAUGAUGUCCUCGUCCGCCCGCACGCGCGCCGCAAUCGGCAGCGCCAACAAGAACAUCAAAUCGGAGAUGGUAUUAAUGAUGAUUUUGACCCCAGAAAUAACGGCGCGGAGGUAGAUGCCGAUGCUGGAGAGGAGGGGCUAGACAACCACGGAAGAUCGUACGACUCUGACGAUGAAAGCACGACCGCAUCCUAUUCAGACGAUGAGGACGAAACACCUCCACCUGUCGGGCGAGUGCAAGAAGAAUCCGAUACUGAAGAAGAACGUUGGCGAAUAGAACAGCAGCUGCAGCUUCUACAACCUGCGGGCUUUGCGUUGAGGAUGCCAGAACCUCCGAUUAGGCUGAGAGAGAGGGAAGAAGCUCUACAACUACCGGGACGAAAUCACCUGUCUUUGGAUUUUAUUGGAGUAGAAGGUGCAGGAGCGGGCAAAGAUGUUUUGACUUCCCACCACCUCCCGUACAAAGACAAAGAAAUAACAAAAUUUUUAUCACCAGUGGUCCCCUGUAUCAACAUGAUCGAAGCUGGUGAAGUGGAACCGGCUCCUGUUCGGCUCCUUCACGACGAAGCUUUGAACAAAACGACCUUUGAUCUACAACCACCUUCAAGUAGCCUGCUGACGAGGCGGCACGUGCUGUCACAUCAAGCACGAGGAACAAGUCCACUAGAAGUACAGCAAGGCGAGCUAGACGACCAAGACGUUGUGCCAUUUGACUACAAGAAGCUGUUUCUCCCCUUGCGGAGCCCGCACUUGGUGUUGGAUGAACAAGCCGAGAAGAAAACGCAAAUUGCCGUGGACCAAGGAUGCUGGGCUAAUCUUCCUGAGGCUCCAUUGAUGACACCUCGGUUGACUCCAGAACAACUCCGAACUCUUCCUGCGAGCUACAAAAACUCCGUGCCCAUGAGGCUGGAGCCAGAGACUGAAAACGGAAGACCGGUUCGAAGCGCUUUGUAUCCAGAAGAGCUUUUAUCACAGGAUGGCGGCCGCGAAAGUGCCAGUAAGUGGGAAGUAGGACCGGCGAGCUUGCGCUUGCCCCGUGCUCCGAAGAGGACUAGACGCGCAAGUAGCUCCAUUUCGAAGUCCCGGUCCCCGUCCCCGCUUAAAACGUACAUGGGAGAACCUCUGGCACCGCGGCCGUCGCCAAAGAAGCGACGACAGACAGCCGUGCGCAGCCUCGUUAAAGGGAACGUCCAGGUUCUUCCCGGAUGGAGUUCGACCCUUGGAUAA